CCUUGGAACGCGAGUAUGCAAAGUGACCUGUACUGCGACUCGCUUGUCUGAGUACCAUCGCCACAUUCAGCUUCAUUGUCAGAUAUCCCACCAUCGUGGGUCCCUUGUGUGUUUCACUUACACAAUUAUGACCUCAUGUCGUGAUGGUUGUCGAGUCAACCUGGCAUUCCCUUUGACAUCUAUUGUUCAACCUUCCUCUUGUCUUGACGUCACCGCCUGACCAAGGCGUUCGCACAAGUGGGAUAUAUAACGGCCAACAGCGACCUUCUUAUCUUGUUCCCAUUCAACGCAAUUCAUCCCCCUGGUCUUCUCUUCAUCCAAAGCAAGCCGAUCACAUUCAUCCAACAAUGUUUGAGAAACUCAAGGAAAAGCUCGGUGCUCACAGCAAGACUCAUCCCCUCGCCGCUCAGCGGGACGAGUUUCUCGCUGCAGACAUGAACACACCUCUUGAACGCAAAGCCCAUUUUUCCCAUGAAGUCGUCGGCGCCGCUGCGGGGUACGAAGCCUUGAGAGCCUUUGAGAACCACGAGGCUCAUUCAACAGGCACCAAGGUCACUCAUGCGAGAGCCAAGGAGAUCGUCGCAGGUCUCGCUAGCGGAUUCGUGGUCAAGCUCGUCGAAGACAAGGGCCUUCCUUUCACAUCCGAGGCCGACAAGCACAAGUUCAUCGCUGAAGCUCAACACACUGCCAGCCGAGACUCGAAGCGAACUCUCCGAGAAUCCGGAAUCUUCGACCAAAAUGAGCUCGAUCCCAUUGACAACGAUGAGAAACACGCCGCUAAGAUUGCAUAGGAUGGUCUUCGUAUCGGCAUGCUAGGCGUCGGACGCUCAAGUAUGACUCUCGUGAUAGCUUGUAGCCGUUGAAAGGAUCUUACGAACAUGCAUGUCAAUUGAGGCAAG